CUCUAUUAUAUUCCUGAAAAUCCCUAAAAAGAGAUUGUUAAAACUUGGAAGCGUGGCAAGUUUAUGAUCACAUACGUAAGAGGGAGUGAAAUAAAAAACAUGAUCCAAAAUGAGAGAAGAAGUCAUCUUAUGAACAGAGGAAGUUGCAGAGAAUCUAAGGAGACCAAUGGCUACUCUAGUCUCUUCUCAGGCUUACAUCAACCAUUGCCAUUUGAGUAUACGGGUUCUACGCCAGGCAAAAGAACCAUUCUCUCCUCGGAGACUUUCCCGUUGUAAUCACAUAGAAAGACGUGAUUUUUCUCCUGAAAUCCCUAGAAUCUGGACUCUGACGAUAAGUAGAAAGCAGCAACCUUUGCCUUUCAACACCGUGUGUUUUGCUGCAGACGAGCCCUCUCCCUCUUCCUCAUCCGAAAUCAGUGCUGAUGCCAGAAUCCGUAGUGAGGUUCUGUCUCCAUUCAGAUCGGUCCGAAUGUUCUUCUACCUCGCCUUCAUAGCAAGCGCAUCACUAGGAGGGCUAAUAGCCACUUCCAGGCUCAUCGGCAAGAUCAGAGAAUCUUGCGAAACUCAAGAUGAGGGUCGAAGAGAACAAGGUUAUAUCUGUGGCGAUCUGAGAGGGAUUGCUAGGCUUGUGAUCUGCGCUGGUCCUGCGGAUUACAUCGAAGAAGCGUUUAAGAGAAGUAGAGAGUUUACGCAAGGGCUUGUCGAGAGAGGUGUGGUUGUGGUGGCUUACGCAACUGAUGGGACUGACACUGCGGAUGAAGAAAUGAGCCAGAGAAGGAGGAGAUUGUGGCGUGUGGCUCCAGUUUUUGUCUCGGAAUGGGAA